GUGUUAUGUCAAAUCGUGGGUGGAUGUGGAGUGUUUAGUGUUGUGAGUGAAUGUAGAAAUUAUUUAAUUUAGCGUUGUCAUGUGGUUACGAGCGCGUGUCUUUAGAUAAACUGUGCUGUGAUAGGAUUGCCAACGAUCCAACACUGUGGAAUGGUUCCGGUGAACGGACUCUGUCUUGUACAUUUGUGCGGUUGAGGAGCGCUGGUCACCAUGGGUAAACUACUCUCCAAGAUCUUCGGGAAUAAGGAGAUGAGGAUAUUGAUGCUGGGACUGGAUGCUGCCGGCAAGACUACUAUUUUAUAUAAAUUAAAAUUAGGCCAGUCAGUCACAACGAUACCAACAGUCGGUUUCAACGUGGAAACUGUUACUUAUAAGAAUGUCAAAUUCAACGUUUGGGACGUCGGCGGACAGGACAAGAUACGACCACUUUGGAGGCAUUACUACACAGGUACUCAAGGUUUAAUAUUCGUGGUUGACUGCGCGGACCGCGACCGCAUCGACGAGGCCCGUCAAGAGUUGCACAGAAUCAUCAACGAUCGGGAGAUGCGAGAUGCCAUCAUACUUAUAUUUGCCAAUAAGCAAGACUUGCCUGAUGCGAUGAAGCCACACGAGAUACAGGAGAAACUCGGUCUGACGCGUAUACGCGACCGCAACUGGUACGUGCAGCCGUCGUGCGCCACCUCCGGCGACGGGCUGUACGAGGGGCUCACGUGGCUCACCAGCAAUCACAAAUUAUGAGCUGCGGAGUAGGCGGCGCGCCCGCCUCCACGACACGGUGGGGAUAUCGAUGCCAUUUAAUUUAAGUAAUCAGCGCCCACGCCGUUGUAUCACUAUACAUACAUGCUGCCACGAGAACCAGUGUCGUGUGACGUGUCGAACUAGUGGCUGUGCACAGACUAACGGACAGUGGAAAACGGGACUACUCAGACUAGUUAGCGAAACAAGUGAACAAGUUUAUUGUCACACAAACU